AUGGCCACCGAUACCGAUGCCGAGGCGCCUCACAACAAUUUCGACACCAUCUUGGUGUUGGAUUUUGGCAGCCAAACCUCGCACCUCAUCCUCCGACGCCUGCGAGCUCUCAGUGUCUACGCUGAGAUGCUGCCCUGCACUGCCAAGCUCGCCGAUCUAACCUGGAAGCCCAAGGGCAUCAUCUUGUCUGGAGGUCCCUCCUCCGUCUACGAUGAAGGCUCGCCUCAUGUCGACCCUGCUGUCUUUGAGCUUGGUGUUCCUAUUUUAGGCAUCUGCUAUGGUUGCCAGGAAAUUGCUUGGCAGAGCAACUCUGAGAACGUUGCUCGUGGAACAGCUCGAGAAUAUGGUCACGCCGACGUCACCAUUCACAAAGUCGGCAGCCAUGCUGACCGUCUCUUCUCUGGCUUGGGCGAGACCAUGCAUGCCUACAUGAGUCACUUUGACAAGCUCGUCCGCCUGCCUGAGGGCUUUGUAGUCGUGGCUAAGACGGCCAACUCCGAAUUUGCUGGCAUUGCCCACCAGACUAAGCCAAUUUUCGGUGUACAAUUUCACCCCGAGCUUGAACAUACUCCCCGUGGAAGUGAACUCUUGCGCAACUUCAGUGUCGACAUUUGUGGAGCGCAACCCAACUGGAAAAUGAGCGACUUCAUCGAGCAGGAGAUCACUCGAAUUAGAAAUCUUGUUGGCGAUAAAGCCCAAGUCAUCGGUGCCGUUUCUGGUGGCGUGGACAGCACAGUGGCAGCCAAGCUUAUGACGGAAGCAAUCGGUGACCGCUUUCAUGCCGUGCACAUCGACAAUGGAUUGAUGCGUCUCAACGAGUCCAAGAAAGUAAAGGAGACGCUGAAAGAGCAUCUCGGAAUUAAUCUCACAGUGAUUGAUGGCACCGAGCUUUUUCUCGGCCGUCUCAAGGGCGUCACAGAGCCAGAGAAAAAGCGCAAGAUUAUUGGAGAAACCUUUAUCGAUUUGUUCGAGAAGGAAGCCAUCAGGAUUGAGAAGGAAGCCGAGAAUACCCCCAACGCCGGAAAGGUUUCUUGGUUUCUCCAGGGAACGCUGUACCCGGACGUCAUAGAAUCUCUUUCCUUCAAAGGCCCUUCAGCAACCAUAAAAACCCAUCACAACGUUGGAGGUCUACCCAAGGCAAGUAUCUCUUUCUCCCGCUGCUUUCCUUCGGACGGUGUCAAAGGGCGGCUGCGCAUGAUGGAUGGUCAAGGCUUACGGCUCCUUGAGCCACUGCGUGAGCUAUUCAAGGACGAAGUCAGAAGCCUUGGUCGACGCCUAAAAAUUCACGAAGAUCUGGUCAACAGAUUUCCCUUCCCAGGGCCCGGCAUUGGCGUACGCAUCCUUGGAGAGUGCACACCUGAACGUAUUGAAAUCGCAAGGCAAGCCGAUCACAUCUUCAUCUCCAUGAUCAAAGAAGCCGGAAUCUACAAUGAGAUUUCCCAGGCCUACGCUGGGUUAGAUACGAGCAAGGCUGUUGGUGUGAUGGGUGACACCCGUGUCUAUGGGUAUAUCAUCAUCCUUCGCGCUGUUACAACCAGCGACUUUAUGAGUGCCGAGCCUUACGAGUUUCCCUUCUCCUUACUCAAGGCCAUGGCCCGCAGAAUUGUCAAUGAGGUGGAUGGAGUUUCGCGUGUCACAUAUGAUCUUUCUUCCAAACCCCCCGGAACUAUUGAAUUAGAGUAA